UUCAGCUACGGCAACGAAGACCUGGCUCCCAACACCGCCAGCAUCCAGAUGACCUUCCUCCGCCUCCUGUCCACUGAGGGCUCCCAGAACAUCACCUACCACUGCAAGAACAGCGUCGCCUACAUGGACGAGGAGACGGGCAGCCUGAAGAAAGCCAUCCUCAUCCAGGGCUCCAACGACGUGGAGAUCAGGGCCGAGGGCAACAGCAGGUUCACCUACAGCGUCCUGGAGGAUGGCUGCACGAAACACACGGGCAAGUGGGGCAAGACCGUGCUGGAGUACCGCUCGCAGAAGACCUCCCGCCUGCCCAUCGUGGACAUUGCCCCUAUGGACAUUGGUGGAGCCGAGCAGGAGUUCGGCGCCGAGAUCGGCCCCGUCUGCUUCUUGUAAAAAACAAAAAGGGUUGUUUUGAUGUGUGU